CACACUAGUCCGUCCGCCUUCCUGGGCAUUUCGCAUUGUCUUUUCUCUCCCUCCACUUCUCCUCGUCAUGUUGAACUCUUUGUUCUUGACUCUUUCUUCUCCUGCACCCACUACCAAACAACGCUCCUUGUAUGCUCCCACCACCACACCACUCAACUCCCCUCGCAUUUUGGUAUUCUCCCUCCAUGAACGCGUUUGUCUCGCCGAAUGUCGCGAUCGCCCUGAAAUAACCUGCUAGUGGCCCUCUUCUCUCCCCUCUCCCUCCCCGCCGGCCACAUUGCACUGGUUUGCUCCGUUCUCUACCUGCCCAGGAUGGUCUUAUUCAAGAGGAAACCCGUUCGCUACCUACCGCAUCCCCACAUCGACGACCAGGAAUCGGAUGUUUGGGUCAUCUCCGAGUCCAACGAAGUAUUCACCUCCUACGAUGCAUAUCUCGAGCGCAUGGACUUUUUCAAGUCCAGGAGAUUCACGUGCGAAGUAUCAGGACGGUCCGGUCUGACAUUCUUUGACGCGCUGAGGAGCGAGCAGGCCGGCUCACGGGAGAUUGACGAGGCGUUUCCGCAGGCACUGCGAGAACCUGUCCUGCGCCGAGUCCAGUUCUCUACCACGUCUCGCAUCGACAACUUGGUCGAGGAGGUCUACAACGAUUUCAAGAAUGAUUUCUACCCGGGCGAACUGGUGACCGUGAUACUGGACGACGCAUCCCGGUUGAAUGGGCGAGUGCGGGAUAAGGCCAAAUUUGCAGAGGUGAGGGCGACAGACGGUUCCGUGGCAAGAGAGGCAUUCUCCCGAUACUUUGUGCGGCUCAUUGAUCGCCCAGACGAGGAGGCUCUGGUCGACGAUAACCAUAUCAUUAGAGACCGCAAGGUCUUCACGAAACAAAUGCUCCGCUCCUUCAUCAAGAACACCGUGACCAGAGAGGGUUGGAAUGGUGCCCCAUGGAUUGUCAAGCCCGAAAUUGCAGAGCGAUUUCGUAUCGACACCAACGUCCCUCCCCACCUUCAAUAUGGCCAUAAGAUUGCCGCAAAGAAAGCGGAGAAGAAGCAGAACGCAGAGCAAGGAGAGGGUAUGUUUGGAAUCUGGCAACCUCAUAAGCUACCCGAGCUGAAGCCUGCUCCUAAAGGACGUAAGAACCACCAAACGUCGCAACACCAACCGCAGCGGGACGAAGUGCACAUUCCUCCACCACCCUACCACGAGAACUAUCCUCCUCACCCUAUGCCUGACCCAGGGUUGUUACCACGAUCUUGGGACCAUAUGCACCCACCUCCCCCACCACCACCUCCUCCUCCGCCUUUCGACCACUAUUAUCAUGGAUAUCAAUAUAUGCCGCCGAACGGUCACUAUUACCCCCCGCCGCCACCUGAAGAGCUGAUGCCUCCCAAACCAAUUAUCCAGCCUCCUCCGCCUCCACCGCCCAUCAAAUACCCGAUUGAUGAUCUUGAUGUCGAACCCGUCCGCGACGGCACGCAUCGGCCGACGCUGAAGUUCGUCGCCAAGGAGCAAUGUACUGAUCGGAAGUCGACAACCCACGUAAUCCCCGGACUCCGGUCUGAAAAUGUCGGCCUCUUGCUGGAAACCUGGAAUACGCUGAAUGUGUAUUGCCAAGUUCUCAAACUAGAUUCGUUCACCUUCGAUGACUUUGUGGAAGCCAUGAUGUUCACCUCGCUUGAGACUGACUGCGAAUUGUUUGUCGAGACGCAUUGCGCAGUCCUAAAGCAGCUGGUUAAUUCAGAGAAUGAUGAUGGGGGGGCCAUUCAAAUCUCACUGCCAGACCUUCCUGAUCCAGAUGAGGAAGAAGAGGAAGAAGAGGAAGAGGAAAGCAAACCGCCCACACCGACCCCUGAGCCUGAGUACCCCGCGAAAAGAACCCGCAGUAGCCUCCACAAAGUUCAAUUUGCAGAGCCAGAGCCAGAGCCUGCAGAGCCAGAGCCUGUGGUUACCCAUCGAGCAGCCGAAAUGUUCGGAGAAUAUGGCUGGAUCGAGAGACUUCGAAAGCGUGAUCUCAGACAUGGCGGCUGGGAAUUGGUGAUGGUUGGGUUGCUGCAUCAACUUUCUGGCAGACCUCGACUUACGGAUGUGUGCAAUAAGAUCCUGUCUCAUCUCGCGCCUCUAGAUGCUGAACCGACGAUGGAAACGGCCAGGGUUCAGUACUCGAUCAUGGACAUCAAUUUACGGGCGGAGGCUCUGCAAAUCAUCUGCCAGUUGUUCCUCGAAACCAAGACUGUCAAGAAUUUCCUGGAAGAGAUGAGCAAUACCAUGACCCAUUACCGCAAAAUCAAGAUUGAACAUCAACGAGCUCGGAAAGAUGCUUUGGCAAAGCUUAAGGAGCUUCAAAUUGAGCGAAGACUGUUGGCACCGGAACCCGAGAAAUCUCCCAGUCCGAUGCCUGAGCUUGAAGAAACUAUCGAGGCGGACAAAGGUGAAGACGGUGAUAUCUCGAUUCCUGAUUCAGAUGACGAUGAGCCUGUGAUGACGCGAUCUUUGCGACGGGGUAGUGACCGAGCCGCGGAGCGUAAACGGAAACGCGAAGAAGAGCAAGAGCGCAAGGAGAAAGCAGCAGAGGCCAAACAAAACAAGGGAAGCAGAGAGUACCAGAAAGUCCUCAAGCAGAUCGAAAAGGAGCGCGAUCGCAUUGAGCAAGCGGAAGAGCAGAUCCUCAUCGUCGAUGGAGACUUGCGCGAGGCCGACUGUCCCCGGACACGAGUUCUCGGGAAAGAUCGCUUCUGCAACCGAUAUUGGUGGUUCGAGAGGAAUGCAAUGCCGCACGGAGGUCUACCGGACAGCUCGACGGCGGAUGCGGAAUACGCCAAUGGACGGAUCUGGGUGCAAGGGCCUGACGAUAUGGAACGUGAGGGUUUCAUUGAGAUUGGCGAACCCGACAAGCAGGCUUACUAUCGACGAUUCCAAAUGACUCCAGCUGAACGGAAGAAAAUGGAAGAAGGCUCCACAAACCUAGUUUCGGCAAAGGAAUGGGGUUUCUACGACACAGCGGAAGAACUUGACAUGCUUAUCGGAUGGCUCGACUCCCGCGGAAUUCGCGAACUGAAGCUCAAAAAAGAACUCAACUUGCAACGCGAUGCCAUCAUCAAACAUAUGGAGAAGCGAGCUGCGUAUACCACACCGCGAGAGAAGUCCGAAGAGCCGUCAACGAGGAUGUCUACGAGGACCAAGACGCACGUCAGCGACAAGACACAUCGAUGUCUAAAAUGGAAGAACUCUACCGCCUUGGCCGAACUGGGUCAUCGCCAUAUCGACCCCGUGCCUAAACCGAGAGGAAGAGGCAGGAAAAACAUUACCUAUGAAGAACCGCAAACGAGGUCAAGUGCACCAGCCCCGCCGGCCCCUUUGAAUCGUCAGGGCAAGCCUGUAACAAGGCAAGGGACACGGUACAAUUUCUGAAAGCGUUUGCUCUAUGUCUGCGAUAAUAUGGAUAAUCGGAGGGAAAUGUGAUGGUGUUGGCGUGAUUAGACACGACCGGGGACAGGGCAUUGCAUUGAUUCUAAAACUUUCCUUGACGCGGGCUAACUUGACGGCAUUUAUGUUUAUUUCCAGGCGGGCUUUUCUGUCUCUUCCAAUUUUGCGAGGCGCACGUCACUAUGAGCUCACUGGAACUGGAGAUUCGACCGGGUUGGGGCGGUUUGCAUUCCUGAGCAUCGACUCCUGCGAGACUUUGAUGAGAAAUGAGAGCACGAAAAUGGGCGCUGGGCAGAUGUUUCUCUCCGACUCAAAUUUAUCCGCCAACACUGGCCAGAAGAGAAAAGAGGCAUUGUUUCGGAAAAAGCAUUGAGGAUUAGAGAAAGUUGUACUUUGCCACCAUGUAUGGAUUUUGACGUUGCAUUCAAAUAGAUUUGCGGAUAGAACUUGUGCUGUGAAAACUGGAAGCCUUGUACUACCGGAGUUGGAGCUGGAGCUGGAGCUUGUCGGUGCUUUUUGCGCUGGAAAAAGGGGGGACGACAGAUGGAGGUCACCUUCGGGCCAGAGAGACCAUACAUAUAGCAUUGAAGAAGAGAGAAUCUUUCGAGACAACAAAAUGUCC